AUGAAAGUUUUAUUAAUAUCUUUAAUUGGUUUUAUUUUUUGUAGUUUCCUAUUGGUCAAUGGUUUAUCAUUGAACUUAAGAAAUCAAAAUGCUAUAGGGGGCGCAAAUGAAUGGAGUUUGGUAGGAUCAUCAGCAGACGGGGAUGCUAACCCAGUUGUGUAUAAUAUUGUGGCAAAUAAAGUUGACUUUAUACAAUUCAGAGUCGAUGUAGACGAACAAUAUCUCCUUAAUGACCUUUAUAUCAACGUAACCUCUACCAAGCCAAGCAGAGCCUACACAUAUUUCAAUUUUAAAGCCCCAGCCAACUCCACCAAUGACACAAGAAAUAGAGUUGGUUACACUCCACUUUGGUUUGGUGCAUGUGGUUCAGAAUCCUCUUAUUUCUCAUUAAGAUUUAACAACUCCUACACCAGCAAUUUGACCGUCACCGUCACAAGCAAAGACCAAAUUACUUUAUGUAACUUUUAA